CUGAAAAUAUAACAAGAAAAAUGCGACAAGCAUGAUGCAAAUAUAGAGCCAAAGACUUGUGCAAUCCGUAAAAGGAAGUGGAAGCGAAAUAGAAAUAACAAUGUCAGCGCAUUGUCGAUCGAUGGCACGUACGCAAUUUUCGAUGACAAACACAGUUUGGAAUUAUUCCAUGAUCGGACCUCCUCGUAGCAACAAUGAAGAUCCAGAAAUCUUUGACAAUUCUUUUUCUAUACAUUUAUUCAUCUGCUUCUUCACCGAUUCCAGAAAUUCCAUCAUUUUUAAAAGUAUGUCAUCGAAACGAUCCACAGCUCAGCGACUGCAUCAAGGAAAGCAUCAACUUGUUAAAACCGUACUUGAAAAAUGGAAUUAAAGAACUUCAAGUUCCACCGUGUGAACCUCUUCAUAUUAAAAAUAUUGACAUCGAUCAAAGCUCUGGACCUAUUUACGUUCAUGCGAAAUAUAAAAAUAUAUCCAUCUUUGGAGGAACUAAUACCAUACCAAAAAGCAUCAAACUGGACUUCGAUAAAAACCGAAUGAGACUGAAGUUGUAUAUUCCAAGGCUCGAGAUGAUUACUAAUUACAAUCUUGACGGCAAGAUAAUGAUGCUGCCGAUCACAGGAAAUGGUGUAGGACACGGAAACUUCACAGACAUCGAUGCAAUUAUCACCUUGCAGAUGGAACGAUACAGAAAUCUGGAUACACAAUUGAUUCAUCAAAAAGUAGACGAUAUUUACGUGGAUUUUGAAAUAGGUCGUGCAACUGUGCACCUGGAGAAUUUAUUCGAUGGCGAUGCUACCAUGUCCAGUGCCAUGAAUUUGUUUUUAAAUGAUAAUUGGAGAACAGUCGUGGCGGAGAUCAAACCGAAACUCGAAGAGACCAUAGGCGAAUUGAUUAAGAAUUUUAUGAAUAAUAUUUUCUCCGUGUUCCCCGAGGAUUCUUUAUUACCACCGUGAUGGAUUUUUAUUGUCUGAAGAAAAGGUGUACGUUUUUGGAAAAAAUAAAAUUUUUAAUUAUAUGCCUUUGUCUCUUCCUGUCUCUUCCUAGGAUAUCUGGUUCCUCCUCGAAAAAUUCUAUUUUAUCGAUGGAUUUUGAUUAUAGAAUUAGUACAGAAUCAUUUGCAUAUAAUUAUAAAUGAUUUGAUUAAAUAUU